UUCAUAUUUGAGGAGAACGCCAAACAAUAAAUGUGCACGAAGCACGAUACAACAGCAAAACUGAAACAGGCACACGAGAAUUUCCUGACGACUCAUAUUUUGUGAAAAUUACAUUGAAAUUUCCAUUCUUCAAUCUUAUUUUUAAACUGUGUAUUAGCAUUCAGUCAUGGAAGACGACACCAUUAGGAUCACGCACUUUAUCAAUCCUCAUAUGUUCUGGUACAAACCGGUUUCGGCAUACGUCCACAAUCUGGACGAGAAACGGUUCCAGCUUGCGAUAGACGAAUACUGUGAGGAAAACUUUCGUCAAUCCAGCGCCGAUGAAGUGUGCGAAUCCUUCCCGGGAGAGACCGUUGCUGUGUUGGACUUUGACCGGAACAAGUGGUGCCGGUGCAUAGUGGAUGAAGUUAUCGAAGACAGUAGCGGUAAAAAACGUUACAAUUUGUGGUCGAUUGAUGAUGGAGUACCGAUCCAGUCAUUCUCCCGUUACGUCAAUCCUUUACCGGAGAAAUUUGCACGGCAAACGAGUAAAGUCAGACGUGGUGCGAUAAAGAAUAUACUACCAUCUGAAUAUGUCUACGAUAACCAGUCGGACAGGUUAGUCCCGAAGAUAUGCUCUCGUUGGGAUCCUAAUGCUGCGAAUGUUUUGCAAUCCGUUCUCCGCAAUUCGACAUCAGUGCAGUUUCGGAAAGUGACCAGACAUUCAGUGCAUAAUAUCGUGGUCAAUUUUGGUGAUCUGGAGCUCGUUACUAACAAAAACAAUGCAUUCAAUGCUGCUAAUUUAUUGAAGGAGAUUCGUAAGGGCUUUGAAGUUGAACCAAGCGAUUUUAUUACUAGACUUUUGGAAAUCCAGACAAUGAGUGUCAGCCGUUGCCUUACCAGUGAUGAAAAGGAGACCAUAUCUAGAGUCAAUGAAUUGAAGUCAGUUAGUAUGAGGCCAGUAAAACCAUCAUCCCAAUUUGAACAAAACGGUCUGAAGGUAUCUAAUGGAAUACCUGAAAGUGUGCGAGACCAUGACUACAAUGGUGUUGAAGAAGAUUACGACUUUAACGAAAGCGCUAGCAUGGUGAAACCGAAUAACAUUCCUAUGCUUACUCGCAAACCAGUGCCGGAACCGAUCUCGGAAGGUUCACAUUCAGGAGAGGAGCAAUAUCCACUGAUGUCUCCGAUGAAUAAAUCGGGAAUGAAAAUAAACUACGAGUUGGAACUGUGGAAGCAAAAUAGUCGUCCCAAAAGUCGAACCCCGAACGAAACGCUAAAAGUAGCCAUCCCGAAGUCAGACGACAGGGCCAAUGGUACCUCUUCAGGUCACAAUGCAAAGCACGAAGAUUCCCUGGAAAAGCCUAAAUCAACCGUAUCAUUCCUCGCCAAACUGGAGAUGCGCAAAAAGCAACGAGCGGCUGCUCAGAAGCAGACCAUUCCCGAGCAGGUUCAAGAAAAAUCCCCCUACGGUGACAUAAACAUCAUCCCAGCAGGAUAUCAAAUAGGGAACGUAAAAUUCGAAAACGGCAAAGUAAUUGCAGGUGAUAAAGCGGAUGCGCCUGAUAAUCGUAAAUCGUCAUGGGCCACCAGCAGGCCAAGGAAUUUGAGUAAGGAGGGAAACGGCCCCUAUCAGCAGCAGCAGAGCGAUGAAUAUGAUACGGACAAUUGCAAAGUCUACGUGACCAAGAACGGUAGUCGAUUCGAUCAGGUCAUUGAAGAUGAAGCAUGCAUCCGUUCGAAACUGUGCCACCAAAGGUUGCUGGUGCACGGUAACCGAAUUCCAAAACCGGUGGAAAGCUUGGAGAGUGCAAACUUUUGUCCGGAAGUCCACCGGGAGCUGAGUAUGCUCAAAUUUCGCUCAAUCCAUCGCAUCCAAACGUACGCCUGGCCACACAUAUUACGAGGAAAUUCCUUUUUCUGCGUCAAUUCUGCAACCACUGGGAAAACGUUCACCUUCCUACCGGCCAUCUGCUCGUCUGUGAAGAAAAUGCACGAUGAAGAUCUGGCCGUAGACGGCGCAGGACCAUUUGCGAUUAUCAUUUGCAAAUCUUCCCGAGAAGUUCAGAGAGUGGCGAGGUAUUGCAGGAAAAUGUUGAACAGCGCAGUUAACGUAUCGAUGUCAGUGGUUGAAGCUUUCGGCGCAAGGGAUAUUCCUAAGGCUUGUAAUCUCUUGCUGAACGGAUGUGCCAUACUGGUCGCCACUGCACCUGGUCUUCGACGGGUUCAUGAAAAUAUGCCUAAUGCUAUUGUAAAAGAACGCGUUCAAUCGGUCGUGAUCGACAACAUUGACACCAUCAUCGAACGCUUUGGCAGCGAGUUGCAGUUGCUUUGCAAAAUUUGUGAUAAACCAGAGCUGCAAAUGGUGAUCACCACUACGUACUGGAGUCCAAUGUUCUUCGGUUUUUUGAAGAGGUACAAGAAUAUGAUCAUGUGUAUUGGAGCCUAUCUGGAGGCGGCCAUCUAUGGCAAGUCAGAUUUGGUGCUGCAACUGAACUCGAGAGCAGCUAAAAUAAACGAGGUAGUGAAGUUUGUACAACGGAAUAAUUAUCAGAACGAACGGACAAUGGUCAUCUGCAGUGAGGCUGCCGAAGUACACGAACUGGUGGAAAUAUUGAAAUCGCAAUCCAUCACCCACAUGUACUGCAACGAUACUAGCACACUUGCGCAAAUGGACGGAUUCAAAGAAUGGGACAAUCAGCUACCUGGCGAAAUGCACGUCAUGAUUUGCAGCGACGCGGUCAUUCCCGAUUUGGAAAUCAGUAAGGCUCAACACAUCAUUCACUUCUCGCUUCCCAGCUCGUGGACAAUGUUCACCAGACGGUUCGCUUGCUCGUUCGGUUACUAUCGGGAUCCGUUUCACGAAGAUGAGAACGAAUUGCGUAAACCUGCCUCUUCGAUGGUGGUGCUGGACGAGAACAACAAUGAACAGUUGCCAAAAUUGGUGGAAUUUUUGAAAAUUCACCACCAUGAAGUGGCCGAGCCGAUCGUCAAAUUAGCUAACAACAUUCGCAUCCAGCAGGAAGAGCAGAAGCUGGCCGAAGGUAACCAUGUGGACUUUUGCUCCCAGGUACUGGAGUUCGGAAAGUGUCGUACGGCUGGUUGUAUGAAGCGGCAUCUUUUUACGACCAGAGACCUUUCAUACGGGGACGUCGUUCCUUCCAGUGGCAUAAUCAAAUUAAAGAUCCACAACAUGUUUUCGCCGACGCACUACACGGCUCGGGUGCUGGAGCACCGAAGCUAUGGGGCAAAGGACUGGAAAGCAGUAAAUGAUGCUCAGGAAUUUUUCGCGCUUGACAUUGCGAUUCAGCAGCAUUAUUCAAACGAAGAUCGUCAUCACGAUCACGGAACCGUUCACUAUAAUGAUUGGUGUGUAAUCUUCGACGAGUUCCGCUAUUGGCGCUGCCGGAUUAUAAGCAUUGAUCAGAAAAAAGAAAUUUCAGUUAGUCGGAAGGUUAAAGUGAAGCUACUCGACGUAGGCCGAACGAUUGACUGCGUAUCUUCUGAGCUGUUGCAUUUGCCGGAAGAAUUCCGCCGGUUGCCACCGCAAGCAAUCGACAUUCGCAUUGUAGGUGUUGUUCCGCACGAUUUCGAGCUGGAAUGGGACAAAAUGGUUACCCUAAAUAUCCGCGAAUGGAUCCAUCGGUAUACCUCGAACGACAAGUUCCACGUGGAAGGCAAAGUGUUGCUUGCGAUAAAGGAUACCAUUUGGGUUGAUACGGUACGGCUGGUGCAACAUUUGGACGGAAUCAAAACCGAAAUCAUGGAAAUUCAUCUGAAGUCGGAAAUUGUCGGAAAGAACUUUGGUGUUGCGGAUAAAGAGCCGCUGGAAUUGUUGUCGGAGAUGGUGGAGAAUUGUCAAGCCUUCCAGGACAGAGCAAACAAAGCGACAGGUCAAGUAGAGGAAGCAUUAUCUGAUGUGGAGGAUGUGCACAUACAAAAUGGGAACAAAGUAUCCAACUCAGAGGUUUUUCAAUCGGCCCCGAAUGUUAUAGAGAUAGAUAAAUCAGUGAAACCAAAAGCCCUGAAACCGAUUGAGUUGAGCGAAACGGACUCAGAUGAUUGUAUUCCUGAUGAAAAUGUACCUGAUGUUAGUUAUAGUGAAGUAAAUAAGCCAACAAGCGCGAAUGAGGAAUUACAAGUGGUAAAACCGAAAGUACAAAGCUUUAACGAAUUGUACGAUGAAAUCGACGAAGAAUCUACGUAUGAAGUAUAUAUUUCUCAGUAUUAUGCCCCAGACGAUUUCUACGUAUGCAAAGUUGAUAAAUUUUCUUUCAUUUCGUCAAUGAUCUGCAAUUUCACCGAAGAUGAAACGAACCUGGUUCCUCUGGAAAUUGUAGAAGUGGGAGCUUACUGUUUGGCUUUGUACGACAGCAACUAUCAACGAGCCAAAGUAACGCACAUCGAAGGACGAGACAUUCGACUCUUCUUCCUGGACCUUGGAGGAUAUGAAAGCUACGGACAGAUAGAUUUGUUCAAGCUCUCCGAUGAUCUACUGAAAGCAGCGCCGUUUUGUGCAAUCAAAGGUGAGGUGGCGUGUUUGAAACCGCGUGAAAAUGAAGAUCAAGGCUGGAGUCCCGAAAUAGGCGACAAGAUCUACGACGAAGUGUUAUGCCAUUACAGAAGCUUCAAUGUCAAAGUUAUCGAGACGCUCCGCAAUUCUCACGUGGAAUCGCUGGUAAAAUGUAAAUGCUAUCGGCUCCUGCUAUUCUCUCCGGAGCAAGAACUCGAGUCAUGGAUAUUUGAUGAAAUUGUUGAACUGAAACUAGCGCGGUACAUUGAAGAAGAGAGACCAUUUGCCUUGGAUAUCAACUUUGGAGAUGACGAUUAUCGACAGAUGUUCAACCCCAAUUAUGAGCAGGAAAGUUCAAAAUUCGAAGACGACAAUGAACCUCGCAUUGUAGAAAUUGUGGAGCCUAAAGCAGACCAGCAAUCCAAACCAGUAAAAACCUCAUCGAAGCUCACUUUACUCAAAAAACGCUUGCGGAGAAAGAAGUCCAUCACUAACAUUGCGUACCCUCGCUUGAAAUGCGACUUCCGUAGUCCAAAAACGAUUUGGCGCCAGGAUGAAUAUCUCAUCAUUAUACGCGCUGUUGCACCGGAGAACGUUCAGUAUGAUCUAACGGUCGAUUCAGAUUCGUUGAAACUGUGCUACAUUGCCGAUGACGAGAAGUAUCUUUUGUCGGUUGUGUUCUUUGCUGCAGUUGUCCCCGAACUUACCAUCCACGAGGUGCGUGGUUUAUCGAUUGUGGUUCGCUUGGCCAAGUUGGUUCAAACAAUUCAGUGGCCUUCGCUCAUGAAAAACGGUGAUAAGGUACCGUGGUUACAGCAGUGCAUCGAAGUGUCCAAUUCGGAUGAAACGGACGGUACAGAUGGAAUGCGUAACACCUCACCGGCAGUGCCGAAUUUGGAAUCCACUGACAGUUUGAGCGAGGAGACUGAUUAUGACGAUCAGUUCGACCGGUUUGAUCCAAUGGCGGACGAUUAUUUCAUGAAAGACGUGUAAGGUGGAGAAGGAUAUAUGCUAUUUUGGCUACAGAAAGUGUACUUUUAUCAAAAAUAAGCGAUUCGGGAAAUUUUGGGAGACAUUUUUGUUUUGCUAUGCUAGCAUACUGUACACGUUUUUAUUAAUGAUUUUUUUGUCAAAAGUACAGAACUAUGGAGUUUUUAAGCAUCUUAUUGUUAUAUAAAAGCAUUGGACAAACACGUAACUGACAAUAAAUAAAAAUAACAGGUAAACAUAUUUUUCUUUAGUCUGUCUUGUGGUAAGCGUCGCGUAACCAUAUCAUGUAAAUAGGAAUUCCAAUAGAUACAAGAUUUUAUUGCGAAUAUCACCUUGAGUUUUGCAGAACGUCGUUCUCUGAUAGCUUUU